ACUAAAAAUUUCCAAAAAUAGCAGAACAAGAUCGACGAGAGAGAACAGAGAAGAGGAGCCCAAGCUCUGAAGCACUGACACCGGCGCGGAAAAAAGCUUUAUUCCCUUCGUCUCCCGGAUGAAUGAAAUUCAUCAAUCUAUAUAGAUUCAUAUGCACGGAGUGAGGAAGAAGGCCAUCAGAUCCGGCGAAGUGGAUCCACGAAGAUGAAAGGUCUCAUCCACAAUGGCGAACUCUUCACCAGAACCUCCGCAUUGAUCAAGCUCUCCGUUUUCUUCCUCCUAUCCGUAGCUUUCUUCUACUUCGGCAAGCGUUGGUCCGACUCCGAUGGCUACCAGCGCCUCCUUUUCUUCAACUACUACAAAUCCACUCCUUCCGUCGCUCUCUCCCCUAAUUUCAACAAAACUUUCGAUCUCUCCUCUCUUAUUAACGCCACCGCUACAACCACUUCUGCCGCCGCAGAUCAAUCUGCCCAAGCCCUAACUUCAAUUCCACCGCCGUCGGAUCCGAAGCCGCUUCCUCCGCCUCCGCCUCCUCCUCCUCCGCCACCGCCGGCAGUGCAGAGGUUCGGGGUUCUGGACGAGAACGGGACCAUGGCAGACGAGUUCGAGGUCGGGGACGUUGAUCCCGACGUCGUGGAGAAUUGGGGGAUCGGGAACGAGAUGGAGGCUGUGAAAGGCGGUGGCGAGGGGUCGAAGGCCGUUGUUAAGAAGUUCGAGCUGUGUCCAGAGAGUAUGAGGGAGUAUAUACCGUGUUUGGACAAUGUAGAGGCGAUUCGGCGGCUGAAGUCCACGGAGAAGGGGGAGAGGUUCGAGCGGCAUUGUCCUGAGAAAGGCCAGGGGUUGAAUUGCUUGGUUCGGCCGCCUAAAGGCUACCGCACUCCGAUCCCCUGGCCAAGAAGUCGUGACGAGGUAUGGUUCGGCAAUGUUCCCCAUGCACGACUAGUUGAAGAUAAAGGGGGCCAAAAUUGGAUUUCCAUAGAUAAGGAUAAGUUUAAGUUUCCUGGAGGUGGUACGCAGUUCAUACACGGUGCAGAUCAAUAUUUGAAUCAGAUUUCAGAGAUGAUCCCUGAAAUAGCAUUUGGUCAGCAUACUCGAGUUGCUCUGGAUGUUGGAUGUGGGGUUGCAAGUUUUGGUGCUUAUUUAUUAUCACGGAAUGUGCUCACUAUGUCUGUUGCUCCAAAAGAUGUGCACGAGAAUCAGAUUCAGUUUGCACUAGAGCGAGGAGUGCCUGCAAUGGUGGCAGCUUUUGCAACACGGAGAUUACUGUAUCCAAGCCAAGCUUUUGACUUGGUACAUUGUUCAAGAUGUAGAAUUAACUGGACUCGUGAUGAUGGAAUAUUGCUGCUUGAAGUCAACAGGAUGCUACGUGCAGGAGGAUACUUUGCUUGGGCAGCACAGCCUGUUUAUAAACAUGAAGCACUGCUAGAAGAACAGUGGGAAGAGAUGGUUAAUCUUACCAGUCGCCUUUGUUGGAAUCUUGUGAAGAAGGAGGGUUACAUUGCAAUUUGGCAGAAGCCUCUUAACAACAGUUGCUAUUUAAGUCGCAAGGCUGGGACCCAACCUCCACUAUGUGAUCCAGAUGAUGACCCAGACAAUGUUUGGUAUGUUGAUUUGAAGGCAUGCAUUACUCAACUACCUGAGAAUGGUGCUGGAGCAAAUGUUACGACAUGGCCUGUACGCCUUCACACUCCUCCUGACAGACUACAAAGCAUACAGAUGGAUGCCUACAUAUCCAGAAGAGAGCUAUUCAGGGCAGAAUCAAAAUACUGGAGUGAAAUAAUAGAAAGUUAUGUUCGCGCUUUACAUUGGAAAAACUUCAAACUUAGAAAUGUACUGGACAUGAGAGCUGGUUUUGGAGGAUUUGCAGCUGCAUUAAUUGAACACAAACUGGAUUGCUGGGUUCUAAAUGUUGUUCCUGUCAGUGGUCCAAACACCUUGCCUGUUAUCUAUGAUCGUGGGCUUCUUGGAGUUGUGCAUGAUUGGUGUGAGCCGUUUGACACAUAUCCAAGAACCUAUGAUCUGUUGCAUGCAGCUGGCCUGUUCUCCAUUGAACGGAAAAGAUGCAACAUGUCUACGAUCAUGCUGGAAAUGGAUCGAAUUUUAAGACCUGGUGGUCGUGUAUAUAUCCGCGAUUCCCUUGCAGUCAUGGAUGAACUCCAAGCAAUUGGAAAGGCCAUGGGUUGGCAUGUGUCGUUGCGAGACACAUCCGAGGGUCCGCAUGCAAGUUACAGAAUCCUGACAUGCGAUAAACGCUUGUUGCGAGUUAAGUAGCAGGACGCAGGAACAAAUUGGGAACUGGGAUAUGCCAUCCUCUCUGAUGUUGUGGUGAAUACGUCGUGCUCGAAAAAUCUGGAACUGCCAAUCGCUUCUGACAGUUAAAAAGCUGUCUUGGACAGUGCUCACUGAGUUCCGACUACUAAGGCAAGCAGCAUGAAAUGAAGACAGAUAUAACAUAAUGAGGCAAUUCUUGAUGUAUAUUAUGAUACGGCGCAAGGCGUUGUGUAGAGGACGAUAAUAGUGGCUAACCUUUUAUAGUUUUCCAGUCCAAAUUUAUCUGAAAAUACAUCCAAACAUUCUCAGUGACAAUGACAGUAGUUUUUUCAUUUUUGUGCUUUGUAUUCUUAAACGAUGAUUUUUUAAAUUAUUGCAGGAGCAUUUUUCUAGAUUUUAUCAAA